AUGAUUACGUGUUUCGGCAAAACAGUCGCACCCAUGGGUUUCUUUGGUGCGGCCAAGAAGCAGACAGACGAGCACAUGACAUCGUAUGGAUCGCACAUUUCUGUGAUUUUCCAAGUAUGGGGAUCUAAAUGGCCUACAGUUUUCCCUUACUGUUUGUUCAAUGUUUGCGUGAUGGUUAUUUUGAGCUUUGUGGAUAGUCAUUUCGACGGAAAGUACUCUGUGGAUGUCUCCACUCAAGGCCACGGCUUUCUCACGUUAGUGGUAGCGUUCUUGCUUGUUUCGCGGGUGAACACUGGCUUAACUCGGUACGAAAGCGCGCGCGAUUCUAUUGGUGUCAUGUAUCGCGAGUGCCGUGAACUGGUGCAGAAUGUUUGUGUGUUUACAGAACUUGUUCAGCGUGGCGCUCACCAUGACCGCUCCCAAUGGGAAGACGGUAUGCGUGUUCCUAUCCGAAUGGCGUACCUUCUUCGCAAAACAAUAUGCAGUCAGGCCGGUCGCCUCGCAGAGCCAAUGGCAAUUUCUCACGAGAACAAGCUACUCACUUUUGCGCAUUGCUUUGAAGUCUUUUUGAUCACCUACGGAUUUAUGGGUCUCGAAGUUGUUGCCAUGGACCUGGAUAAUCCGUUUGGUGACGAUCCGAACGAUUUCGAUAAUAGCGCGCUUGCUUGUACUGCUUAUGAAGACACAUACUUGACAAUUUUGGAUAUUGAUGGAGACGAAUGGAUGAAUAAACUGCGUUUCCGCGUCCACGGGCAAGAAGGAGAUUGCCCCUUUCCAGACGAGAAAACUUCGUUAUUGAGUAGCACUGUUUAA